AUGCCGCGCGGAGGGCUCUCCUGGGCUGGCCGGGCCCCUUGGUGGUGGCUCCUGGGGAGUCUCUGGGCCAGCUGCCAGGCCGCCAAGGGCAGCGUGCCCCGACUUCGCCUCUCCUAUAAAGAUCUUUUGGCCACUAACCGCUCGGUCCUGUUCCUUGGCCACCGGGGAAUUUUAGACUUUCGAUCUUUAUACCUUGAUGAAUACCGUGACCGCCUGUUCAUUGGAGGAAAAGACACGCUAUACUCUCUUCGGCUGGAUCAAACCAAUAUGGAUGCCAAGGAGAUUUACUGGCCAUCUCUCCCUGGACAGAAGGAAGAGUGUUUUCAGAAAGGGAAAGACCCAGUGACGGAAUGUGCCAACUACAUCAGAGUACUUUAUCCUUUAAAUCGAACACACCUAUUGGCCUGUGGUACUGGAGCUUUCCAUCCCAUCUGUGCUUUCGUCUAUGUGGGUCACCGAGGAGAGCACGUGUUCAGCUUGGAUCCUACAAGUAUAGAAAGUGGCCGGGGGAGAUGUCCUCAUGAGCCCAAUAGGGCAUUUGCAAGUACUUUUGUUGGUGGUGACUUGUAUACAGGACUAACAGCAGAUUUCUUGGGCAGGGACUCUGUGAUCUUCCGAACAAUGGGACACCGCUCCUCUCUACGCACUGAGAUAGAUCAGCGUCUGCUUAAUGCCCCUAAAUUUGUUGCGGCUUAUUUGAUCCCAGACAAUGAUGACUGGGAAAAUGACAAGGUUUACUUCUUCUUCACUGAGAAGGCAGUAGAGUCGGACAGCAAAGGACGUGCCAUCUUUAGCCGUGUUGGGAGGAUCUGUGUGAAUGACGCAGGAGGACAGCGAGUGCUAGUCAAUAAGUGGAGCACCUUCAACAAGGCUCGGCUGGUGUGCUCAGUCCCAGGACCAGAUGGCAUAGACACAUACUUUGAUGAACUGGAGGAUGUUUUUCUCCUGAGGACGAAAGAUGGGAAGAACCCAGAGGUAUAUGCACUGUUUAGCACCAUCAGCAAUGUCUUCCAAGGGUUUGCUGUCUGCGUAUAUCGUAUGGCAGAUAUCUGGGAGGUUUUCAAUGGGCCGUUUGCCCAUAAAGAUGGGCCUGACCAUCAGUGGACAGCUUAUGAGGGCAAGGUGCCCUACCCAAGGCCGGGAGUAUGCCCCAGCAAAACCACCAACCAGCCAAGCCGGCAAUACUCCUCCACCAAGGAUUACCCUGAUGAGGUUCUUCACUUUGCACGUGCCCAUCCACUGAUGAGCAAACCUGUGUACCCGCUACAUCGUCAGCCUGUGCUGGUGAAAACUAACCUGGAGCACCGCCUACGACAGAUAGUGGUGGAUCGUGUGGAAGCUGAGGAUGGGCAGUACGACGUCAUGUUCAUUGGCACAGAUGCUGGCUCAGUACUGAAGGUCAUAGCCCUUCAGAGAGGGAGUUUUGCAGCAGCUGAAGAAGUGAUUUUGGAGGAACUCCAAGUGUUUAAGGUGCCAGUUCCUAUUACUGAGAUGGAAAUCUCCGUCAAGCGACAAAUGAUCUAUGUGGGCUCCCAGGUGGGGGUUGCCCAAGUGAAACUGCACCAGUGUGAGACCUAUGGCACAGCCUGUGCAGAGUGUUGCCUGGCACGGGAUCCUUAUUGUGCAUGGGAUGGCCUCUCUUGCACCAGAUACCAGGCAUCAGGCAAGCGUCGCUUCCGCCGGCAAGACAUCCGUAACGGGAACCCUGUGCAUCAGUGCCUCGAUCAGAAUUUGACAGUGGAUGACUUUGACAACACGGAGGAAAAGGUGGUGUAUGGGACGGAACACAACAGCACCUUCUUGGAGUGCAUCCCUAAGUCUCCGCAGGCUACAGUACAAUGGUUUGUUCACCGAUCCCCAGAGGAGCUCAGAGAUGAGGUGAAAACAGAUGAACGGAUCAGGAAGACAGAGCAAGGUCUGCUCUUCCGGAAGCUCUUCCGCCAGGAUGCAGGAAUGUAUUACUGCAAGACUCAGGAGCACGGCUUCACUCAGACAAUCACCAAAAUCAUGUUGGAAGUGAUUGAGAGCGAGCAGCUGGAACAGGUCUUCCAGCGGGAGGAGGAAGAGUUGCCUCGGCAACCUUGCCUGGUGCCCGAUCCCCGCCUGCUGCAUGGGCAAAGGGUAUGGUUCAAAGACAUCAUGCACCUCAUUGGCUAUACCAACCUGCAGCGAGUAGAGGAGUACUGCGAGCGUGUGUGGUGCGGAGACCGCCAGCUGCGGCACAAAGGCAGGCCUCCCAAAAGCAAGAACAUGCUUGAUGGUGGCAAAAAGGGAAGAGGCAAACAGCACACCGAGAGGAAUCGGGUGCCCAGGCAAGCAGCAGCCACAUAAGAGGAAGGGGAGCCCACAUAUGGCAAGAGGAGAACAUGAGAGGAGGAAGGUGAUUAUGGACCAGUCUCCCUCCUUAUGAAUGGGAAUCAACUUCUCUAGGAAUUGUCCUCAUGGUUUGUUCAGGCGGGGA